AUGUCAUUUGUAAUUAAACAACCAUUAUAUAAUCGAUUUUCACUUGAUCGACAAUAUCCAAUGUCAUCAUCAUUAUAUCAUGGUCCACCUUCCUUUAACUAUCGACCUAUAGUAUCUACAUUAAAAGAUUUUACACAUGAGUCACCGAUUAUCGAGCAAAAAUUUUACAUAACUUAUAGUAAACUACCACCACAUCCAGUAAUCAAACACAAUAUCUCAGUAGAGAAAGCUUAUUUCUCACCUAAUACAUCUCUGAAAUUUGUUGAUAAUCGAACAAAUGUUAAUGAAAGUUUAUACUAUAUUCUUAGUGCUCAAGAAAGUCAACAACAAGCAGUAACAUCAAUGCGUGGUCAAGGUGUACGUAGUGUACAUUUACAUCGUUCAAAACAUGAUGAAGGUUUUGGUUAUUCUUUACAAUACAGUAGAAAUUAUUUUCUUGUUUCUCACAUUGGACAUGAUAGUCCAGCUGCUAAUAGUGGUCUUUGUUUAAAUGAUGUUAUAAUUGCAGUAAAUCAACAAUCAACAGAAGAUAUGUCUUAUGAUACUUUGACUAAAUUAGUUGAUAAAGAUAAUGAUGUUGAAUUUCUUGUUCAACCUCUUGAAGAAUAUCUACGUUUCCAAUAUGGACCAAAACAAGAUGAAAAAUCGACAUCAACAUUAUCAACAGAUGAUAAUGGCAAAAAACGAUUUAAAGCAAGUGUUAUUAAAGUUUUGAGAAAAUUAAAACAACAUUGA